UGAGGAAAAAGGGAGAGCUGUCUGUGCUUACAGCAGCGGCAGGUGGCGCUGUUGGAGCUUCACGUCCAAAAAUAUCUACCGUUUUCCGCAUUGUUGCUGCGUCAAACCCUGUCAACAUGGCGUCGGCCCUCGGUCGCCUGGCCAGGCUGUCAGCCCUCGGAAACGCCCGCACCGCCCGGCUGAGCCCCCGCACCGGGCCGGGGAGGACCGUGACACCGAGCCGGUCCGCCGUGUGGACUUCGUCCGGCGCCGUUCUGCCCAAACCCAAGAAGACCCCCUUCGGCCUUGUCCGGAUUGCUCUGGUAGUGGUGCCCUUCUUGUAUGUGGGGACUCAGAUCAGCAAGAACUUUGCUGCGCUGCUGGAGGAGCACGAUAUCUUCGUCCCCGAGGAUGAUGACGAUGACGACUGAGGGCUGAGUAGGCUUCCUGGUCAUCAGGUCAUUUUGUCGCUGUCACUGGGACGAGUCUGUGAGCUUCUGAGCACAUAAAGGCCCUCCUGGUUUUCCCUCUCCUGUGUGCUGCUGUGGUCAUAAGUGUGUAUUCAGGGUUCUUGCUGUUAGGAAAGUGAUAGGGCUGUCCUUGGCUGGUCGUACUGUAUCCUACUGUAUCGUACUGUAUUUGCAUGCACUACUACAGUCUUAAUAAAGGGAAUUACAAGAUCACAAA